AUGGGUGCAUCGUCACACAAAUGGUUGAGAAUUAUUCGGAGGAAGUUCCUUAGAUUAUCCAACAAAGACAACAUCAUCACUGCUCUACCUUACACAAGAAGAAACCAACUCGAAGAAGAUGAUAAUGAAGCCACCAUAGGAAGCAACAAUGAAGAAGAAACCACCACCAUAGCUAAGGAAGAUCUUGCGGCAAUCAAGAUCCAAGCUUAUUUUAGGGGUCAUCUUGCAAGAAGAGCAUAUGGAGGUCUUAGAAGCAUUGUGAAGGUGCAAGCAUUGGUGCGUGGUGUUUUUGUGAGGAAACAAUCACAUAUUGCUAUGCAAUGUAUGCAUGCAAUUCUUCGUUUACAACUUAGGGUUCGAGCAAGGCAGCUCCACCUCCAUGGAACCUUUCAUAAUUAUUAA